UUUGUUGUUCAAGAGGAGAGAAAAUGAUUCCACCGGCUAACAUCAUGCAGGACGAGAGUUUGGGCAAGAACGAGCGCGAUCAGCACGAGACACCUCAGUCACCAGCGCCCAGUGCUAGUCAACAGGAGACAAAGAUGCAGAAGCUGAAGCGCUCCUUUUCGUUCAAAACCAAGAGAAUGCGCAGCAAGAGCGCAGACAAUUUCUUCCAGCGCAACAACAGUGACGCCAAGCUGUCGACAGAGCUGCUCUCGGACAACAGCAGCAUCACAGGCCAAAUGAGCAUCAUCGGGGUUACGGUGGCCAAUCCCGUCCACCCUGUCCACCAUGCCCCCCCUCGCUCAACCUCCAACCUGGUGAUCUCUAAUGCGCCCCCGGCCAUCCCAUGUGCCCCCCCUUCCUUGGUCUACUCCCCGGGGCGCCACCCCCUCGCCAUCGACCCCACCGGACACGGCUUCAUGGAGCACAUCUUUAAGAAGCCCACCUUCUGUGACGUCUGCAACCACAUGAUCGUAGGCACCACCUCCAAGCAUGUGGUGAUGCUGGCAGGCAACACAGCCAAGCAUGGCCUUCGCUGCAAAGCCUGCAAGAUGAGCAUCCACCACAAGUGUGAGAAAGGAGUGGGAUCGCAACGCUGCCAAGGCAAGCUGCCAAAGGGCUUUCGACGGUACUACAGCUCCCCACUGCUGAUAACGGAGCAGUUUGGCUACAUCAAAGAAGUCAUGCCCAUUGCUUGUGGCAGUAAAGUGGACCCUGUGUAUGAAGCUCUCCGGUUCGGGACGUCUCUGGCACAGAAGAACAAGAGGGCCAGUGGCUUUGAGUCCCCCCACAGAAACUCUACCAGUGACUUGGCCCAGGUUCCAGAAGAGGCCGUCGCUCACAGCAGUCAACAUGAACUCACCAGGAAGCACAGUGACAAUGUGUUCACAUCACUUGAGAACGGGGCGGAGCCCAUUCCCUAUUGCCAUGUGGCUGAGAGGAAACCUGAUGAUUCACCGGAGAGGAGACUGCUGCAGAAGGACAUACUGCAGCUCAACACCUAUGUGGCUUUGUUCACAUUCACACCCCAGGAAAGUGAAGACCUGGAGAUGAGACCCGGAGACAGAAUCGUACUGGCGGACGACUCCAACGAUGAUUGGUGGAAGGGCGUAAUCGAGGACAGGAUUGGUUUCUUCCCAGCAGCCUUUGCUCACCAGGUGAAGGCCGGGGACAGAGUGUUCAGGUGUCACCGGACGUUCAUCGGCUGCAAGGAGCAAGGCCAGAUCACCCUGAAGGAGGGACAGAUUUGUGUAAGCGGCGAGGAUGAACACAGCGGCUUCAUCCGAGUGGCCAGUGGAAAGAAGAGAGGCUACGUGCCCUGUGAUGUCCUGGAGAACAUCUGAGAGAGAGAGAGAGAGCGAGAGAGAGAGAGAGAGAAAUAGAAAGAGCCGGAGAGAGAUGACGAGAGGAAGAGAAGGAGAGAGUGGAGGGAGGAGAGGCACAGUCACAUACUCCAUUGGUGUACAGGGAUGGCUCUGACAGUAGUUUUGAUCAGCUGCCAACCUCCCUGGCGCGAGGAGGAUGAUUGUAAUUACAAAAUGGCCAUCUGAGACUAUGGAGGAAGCCCUCUGUUGAGCUAGGACUCUAAACUCCAAAAUGUUGCUGUUGGCAUUAAGGGAAUGGCUUUGUCAGAAGUCAAAGCCAACCUUCCCCAUUUCCUUUAAGUCUGAAUGGAAACAUGUUGAGACGGAUCAAAUAACCUGAACUUCUGGUCACAAUGACCCCACUCUGCCUCCUUGUAUCACUGAAUUUGGUUUCAUUUGGAUUUUUGGUUUGAUUUUGUUUGAUUUAAAGAACUGCCGUACAUCGUUUGUUCUUUGUGUGACUUCCCAUUGGAGAAUACAGCUGACACAUCAUGCAUGAAUUUACUGAAUUCAUGCUUGCUUUUUUAGCGUCAGCUGCAGUAUGUUUCAAUGACCUGUUUAUCCUAUGCCCAAAUGUUCAAACACUUGUUCUCUUUAUCAAAUAGUUGCCUAUAGGCCUAGAUAAUAAUUUACAUUACUUUGAUGAAAGCGGUUGAGGUUACAAACAGCAUAAAUCCCUUUUUCUUCUAUGCUUGUACAAUGGCUCCACUGAGCCUUGAGAGGCUCUAGCUCACAAUUAAAAGCUCAUUCUCCUGAGACAGAGUUAUUUUAUCAGACCCUCUGACACAAAGAAUUCAAUGGUUUUGUCACUGGAGAGGAACAACAAAAAGAACCGGACAAAGUAGAAAUGUGUCGAUUCUGAGGGGAGUGUUAUUCAAAGGAAUCCUUUUUCUUUCAAAGAAACGCUGUAGUCUUUUGCACAAAUCUAGCUAGUGAUGUAUCUAGUCUAGCUGCUUACCCAUCGAAAGACAAACAGAGCUUUGCAUAAAAAAUUCAGACUCAUGAAAACACCUUUCUAAAAACCUGUCAAAGAGAUUCUUUGAAUGUUUGAAAACAACGAAUACCUAAUUUGCUAGUGGAAGUCUGAUGAUAAUGUUCUCUUCAGGUAGCUUGUCAUGAUAUAUAGUUUCUUGUUUUUAUUUGUAAAGGAUAAUGGAUUCGAUAAGAGAGGAUGGGAUGGGAAUUUACUAUAGUACAGUGGGCAACCUUUCAUAAGUGGUUAGAUACAUUGUAUUUGAACGUGUGUCAUCAAAUCUGCAUACCUGUUAUUUCAAGGUAUUUUAUCACAGUCCUUUCAGUGAAACUCAAGUUAAUUGGAGUAUAGGACAUCUAGAGUAUAGAAAUGAUGCAGUAUCUUCCGAGCAUGAGCUACGUGACCUUUGGCUUUGAUUUACAUUCAUGUAUGCUUACUCCAAUUGCACUAAAUGGUCACUCAGAUAUGGCUAUAGCCUUACUCCAAUGUAAACUUUCUAGCAAAUGAUGAACAUUUUAUGUCAGAUCAAGACAUGCUUGUUGAGAUGUAACUUAAAUCUAUGUAUCCCUUUUAAUGUCAACGAAAGGGCUAUUCCUUUCUCUUCCCUGAGAUGUUCUUUUAAGAUUUCUUGUUCAUCCACAUGCAUAUUUGUUUUCUCUUUUAAAAUAUUGUUAUAAAUGAACUGUUAAAGGAAA